AUGGUGCUGAUGCCAUCGCUGCAUGCGCAGCGAUUCCAGCCGGUGAUCUUCAGUGAUACUGGGUCGAACUUGUACCCGCUAUGUGACUUUCCUAAUGACACGCUGCCCAAAGCGCUAGUGCCUGUGUUGAAUCGCCCUAUGAUCGCGUUUCCCUUGCAAUGGCUUGUAUCGGCGGGCUUCCGCUCCUGCCUGCUUGUCGCACCUAUUGCUGAGCAUGCAGCCUUGUCCGAUGCACUGCGAUCCCUUUACCUGAUACCCUCCGGCAUGGGCCGCGAGGCUGAGCAGGGCCUAUCUAAUGCUGCUCAAGUGGCUGCGAGCGCGUCGUCAGCCAGCAAUGUUUCUGUCUCCUUCGGAAGUUCGACAUCUAGCAUCAUUUCAGGUUCUGGCACAGGCUCGCUUGUGGAUCCCCAGCCCUCUUCGCCUAUCAUGCACGUGGAACUCGUGCCUUACGGCCCAAAAAUGGGCGAGUCGGUUCGCAGCCUGCGCGAGCCAUCAAAGACUGUCUCACGCACACGCUGGGGCACCGCACAACUUCUGUACUGGCUCGCGGCGACUCGGAAGCUUACACAGGAUCCUUUGGUUGUGCCUGUCGAUCUCAUCGCCCCGCAUAUGCCGUUGGCAAACUUCCUGCUUGCCCAUCUAGGUGCCGUGCCGAAUGAGCCUACCGUGUCAUGCUUGUUCUACGAGCGUGGCGCUGGUGAAGGCACCGGCAAGGAGCGUGAACGCGAUGGUCCAGCAAACCUAUUCGUUGCAUACGAUCGCUCGCCCGUGCGUGUGCACGAAGGCAUUCGGUCCUUGCCGAAUGGCGCUAGGGACUCGCUCCCGGUGCAUGAACCGUUGCUUCUCAUGGAUUCCGACGACGUAUUUGACAAAAACUCAUCUGAUCUCGAGCUUCGCAUGAGCAUGCUAUGGACACAUCCGUAUGUGCGUGUGUCCACUUCACUGCUCGACUCACAUGUGUACGUGUUGCAUCUUGCGCCACUACUCCCGCUCUUGGAACUGCACCCCGAGCUGAACAAUAUUACAGAGCAGCUUGUGCCGUUCGUGAUCAAGUGCCAAUGGCAAAAGCGACUCGGUGCGAAGGCUGGCUGGUCAACUGUUCCCGACUCGUUGACUGAACAUGCCAUCUCAUCCAGCUCUACGCCUUGGGGCAGCAUGACCGACGCCGAUGCGCACAGUCUUCCUUUCCAUCCACACUGCGAAAUGCUUGUAGCUCGCAUGCAGCCUGACAUGCGUCGUCCGCUUCCUCCGUCGCAAUUGCUUGAGGCCGAGAAGCCCCGCACCAAUCCCGACGACGCCUUCAUGGCGCGUGCAAAUACAGUGCCGACAUACCUAGAUUGCAGUCGCUACUUGCUGCGUCUUACAGGCGCCUCCAUCGCACUACCAGCACCGUUCCCCUUACCCGUUACGACAGGCUGCGGUACGGUUCCGUUUGAGCCGCCCAAAGACGAGAAUGGCCCCAUUCACCCUCGUGCACAACUGUCCAACGAUUGCUUAAUCGGCUCGAACACCUACAUCGAAGAGCGCGCUACGCUGAAGCAUUCCAUUCUCGGAAGGAACUGCAUCAUCGGAAAAGGUGCACGGAUUCUACGGUGUGUCAUAAUGGAUGGCGUGCGCAUUGGCGACAAUGCAAAACUCGAGAAUUGCAUCGUCGGCAUGCAUGCCGAUAUUGGCGAGCGCUCUCAACUUCGUGAGACGGACGUCGGUCCUAGAUACGUCAUGGCGCCCAGCACCGAGUCCAAGAACGAGAAGCUGGUGGCUUAUGACGACGAUGACGACGGCGAUGACGAUGGCGAUGAUGAAGAAGUUGAUGGGGGGUGA